AUGAGCCCAAUCAUUGCAGAUAUCUCGGAUACGUCAGAUGUUGCAGUAACGUCAAAUCCAGUUAUCAAGGCAAUAUGCCCCAGUGAGGGAUGGACGCAGGGCGGCACUCCGGUAAUCAUUAUUGGCGAAAACUUCUUCGAGGGCCUCCAAGUCGCAUUCGGCCCCACUACUGUUUGGAGCGAAUCCGUGCAAAUUAUCACGCCGCAUGCGAUGCGCGUCACAACACCGCCACGGCACAUGCCUGGAGUUGUCGAAGUUACAUUAACAUACAAAUCAAAGCAGUUGAACCGGGGCAGUUCCGGACGAUUUGUCUAUGUUUCUCUUUCGGAGCCCAAUAUUGAUUUCGGUUUUCAACGACUCCAAAAACUGCUGCCAAAGUAUCCUGGUGAUCCGGAGAGGUUACCGAAGGAGCUCAUACUGAAAAGGGCUGCAGAACUUGCAGAGGCAUUAUAUAACAGGUAUUUUAAACGUGCUUUUCGAUUUGCUUUGAAGGCAACAGCUUGCUGCAUCUUUUUUUACUUACUUGUUUUGCUUUAA